AUGUUUAUGGUGCAUGGAGUGUUUUUUUGCACUGUGCUUUUUUUGCACACUGCAUUUCAUAAAAUAAGGCCUCUGGAUGGUAAUAUAAGCCGUAUAUAUAAUAUGAAAUGAAAGGACUUUUUAAUGAAAAUAUGAUCCUCCAUAAGCUAAAAAAUUUUUUGCAAUGCGCUUUAAAUCCCAAGCAUUAGCAGUAAGCAUCUUCUUUGAGAACGACGUUUUACUUUGUUCUCUCGGCCAGGUGAAGAGACUUCCUUGCAAACAUAAAUUUAAAUGAUGUCUGACAGUAGGGCAGUAAUUCCUUACUACAGUCUGAAUUGCUGUCCUCAUACUGAACUCUGCAAUGCUAAAGGAUGCCUUUAUGUAAAACAAAAAAUGCAAGUGGAAAAAAAAGACUUCCUUCAUUGGUUAAUGCUUACUUUUUGUCCUCUUUUUUUCAGUCGACUUUUUGGCAAAAUACUGCAUCUUCAGCCAGGAGAAGUUGGCGGAGUAUAAAAGGGCUUUUGAAGCGGUAAGGGUAAAUUCAGAAUCUUUUUUUUUUUUUUCUCCUCCUGCACUCCUCCUAUGUCUGUAGACAGUUAAGCAGAACUAAUAAGAACCUUUGCUUGUGGUGCACGUCUUAUGAAUUGCCCGAACAUCAAAUGUAACUUUAGAAUGGAGGCACGCUUUAUUCUUUCUGUAAAAGUGUUCCCCAAUCUAUUCUUUAUUUACAUGCCGUGAGUCUGAGCAUACACAGCCGUUUUGAACACACACACACAAAAAAAGAAAAGGCCAUUAAACAAAUUAACAGGAAUGGGAAUGACUAAUACAGUAGUCUUGGCAUUCACAAUUUGAUUAGUCUGAAUUUAAUACACAAUAGCUGCUCCAAAGCAGAAGGUAAGUAAAACUGCUCUUUAAUAACCCUGCACAAUUAAAUUAUGGUGAUGAAUUCCCCAUCCUGUGAUUGUAAAUAUAGUACCCUUAUUUGAAUUGAUGGGGGGGUAAAUCUUCAAUGUCAAGGAUGUGACUGUAAAUUAAAUCAAAAUAAGGCAUAUUGAGUGUGAAAUGUCCAAAAAAAAUGUAAACAUUUUAUUUUAUAAUAAAAUUAUGCUUAGAUUUGUUUUGGUUAUACUUAUAAAUACCAUAGAUAUAUUUUACUAAUGUAAAAAUUAUAUUUGCUGCAACAUGGCAUAAAUCAUUUUGCUAAAGCUACAUUAUAUAGUAAAAAAAACAAAAUGAACUGCUAAAUUUUGUCCAUGUUGCAUGUUUGCUGUGUGCACUCUUAACUGGCUACAGGCUAGACUUGUACACGACAAAUUCAGAUUAUAUUUUUUUUUUUUUGAUAAAACAUUUCUUCAGGACAGCUGAAUUUCGGCAUUAUGUCAGUUUGGCUUGGCAGAAUUUAUUAGUCACUUCUUGAUCUGUGAAUGAAAUCUACAUUUAGUGUCUUCCCCUAGCCACCAGUCAUCUUUUUUUCCCAUCGAUAAUCUCUUUUUUGGGCACCUUGGGUGGAAUUCAGAAUCAUAAAUCAAAACAAACAUUGCGGCCUUUCAGUAGGUUCAUGAUUUGGUUACAUUUCAGCGUGUUGAAGGGUUUAAGAAUUUGACAAUCAUCCAAUUGGCCCAAAUUUGGAAAAUUUGCAUUUUAGCCCAAAACAAAUCUUCUAGACUACUACAGGCAAAGCUUUACUUUCCUAUGAAGAGAUUUCACCAAUCCUUUAAUAUUUUAUGGCCUAUGUGGUCUGGUCCAUGUAAUAUGAUCUUUUAUCCAUAAGCACCUGCCCAAUUAUAUCCCCCAGCCACUAUUCUACAAAAUUGCUCAAUAAAUCAAUAGCAUCCAUAAGUAAAUUUUUAUGAUAAUGUAAACAAUUCAACUUACGCAAUAACAAACAGAUGCUGUUAAUGUACAGUUUGUCAUGAACACUGUUUUUGUAUACCUCUGGAUACAUAUUAGCACAAACAUGUACAAGUACAAAUACUACACAAUUUUAAAGAUAUGUAUACACUAAGUAUGUUUUAUUAGUAUAUACAUGUAUGUGUAUUAAACUACUAAUUCUAAACUUCUAACCUACUCAACUUCCCUUACAGGUGGAUAGUGAUGAAGAUGGGUAUUUAGAUUGUAUGCAAGUUCUAAUGGCUUUGAAAGAAAUUGUACCACCUCAUUCACUAACCGAUGCUGAAGAACUCUAUGUGUAUAGGGUAAGAAAUUUAGUGCAUGUUUGGGAUUUUCCCACUUUUUUACAAUUGUUUAUGCAUCAGACCUGUACUCCUAAUCUUGUUACAAUAACGGGUGAGCAGUCACAACGUACACAGUUAGAAUGGUAGGGCAAGGGGUUCUGUUCCCCAAUCCGCCAUCAGCAGUAAUGCCGUGGCCUCUAGUCUAAACACAUCUUAUUUGGUCAUGGGGAUUGCUGUCUCUUUCACCACUACAUCUAACAUCACCACCUCUACCACCACAACCACAAUUAACAGUAUUUAGCUUCAGGAUAGUAGGCUUAGGAGCAUGUCCGUAAAGGCCAAUUCACAACCCAGUAGAAGAUUGUAUUUUUCUCAGCCUUUUAAUGUUGCAAUAAAGUGUGGUGCGCUUUUGCUUCCACUGGGAUUGUAGCUUCGUUGUGAUAGCUAGUUGAAGUGGUCCUCGGAGCAAGGGGUCACAAAAACCAGUGGACUUGUUGCCAUUGCCUGUUUUAUCUAUUUCUUGUAGCUGGAAAGAAGCAACAAAAGGAGGGCUCAAAAGAGACUUUGCUGGUGCCAUCAGAGCCACACAUUAUUGAAGAUUAUUGAAGAGGUAGAGCAGAAAACAUCUUCUACUAGUGCCAGAAGGAGCUCCCACAGGGAUAUUAUUAGCAUCAUUACCGUUACCAUUAGUCAGCCAAGUGUUAGGCUAGUGUUGAGACAGUUUUUACUGCUACCGAUGCAAAUCCAGUUUCCUCAACCACGCAGCGAAUGGUUGAGGCUAACACGUUGUGUCAAAGCAAAGUUUGGCAUUACUUUGGCAGCCUCCCAGAAUGGCACAUUUCAAAGUUUAAAAUGUGUGGAAAGGAAGUGAGUAGGGGGAGAGUGUAGGGCAUUUUUCAAGUGCUGGUUUGGAUCACCCAACAUAUGCAAACACACAACAAGUCUUUCAUACUUAGGAAAGAAGCAGAAAGAGAACGUUCUAUGGCAAGCAGCAGGUCUAGUUGUAAUGUAUCUAAUUCUGUGCUAUCAACUAUCUCCACUGGUACCUCCUCCACUACUACCACCUUGAGGUUCAACAGUUAAAUGUUGAGUCUGGUGCCACUAGCCAACAAGGACCAGUGGACUCCCUGGAAUCUGUCUGUUAGUCAACACUUUUGUUUUUCAUUUUACUUCAGGGGCAUGUCCACACAGCAGUCUAACAAAAUGAUCUGCCUUAUUAACCAGUUGAUCGUUGUAAGAGGCACUUUCUUUUUCAUGAUAGAAGGGAGUCCUUUAAACAGGUGACAGAGGCCCUUGCUUUGUAAUAUAUAAUUCCCUCUGAUUCACUUUCAGCAGGGACAUAGUUCCACAUCGCCUGGGCAUAUUGGUGGUAGUAGAGGAGGUCACCCUUAGAACCAUGGCAGCCUGGGAGUGAAUUUGUAGGGCAGCAAGGCUAUCUAUUGAUCUCUCCAGUUACAAGUUGAAAUGAUUGCUAGCCAACUAUUGAGACAGGAGCAAGAGAAAAGAGGGUUUUCCAUACACCACCUAUAAAAGGAGGGCAGCAUGCGGUGGAACGCAACUUUAAAGGGACAGUAUAGGCACCCAGACCACUUCAGCUCAAUGAAGUGGUCUGGGUGCCAGGUCUCCCAGGUUUUAACCCUUCAGAUGUAAACAUAGCAGUUACAGAGAAACUGCUAUGUUUACAUUGCAGGGUUAAUCCAGCCUCUAGUGGCUGUCUCACUGAUAGCCGCUAGAGGCACUUCUGUUUUCGGUUUUAACCCCUUCAGCGCCAAGGGAGGGGGACCCUGAGGGUGGGGGGGUCCCAAUGAUGAUAUAGUGUCAGGAAAACGAGUUUGUUUUCCUGACACUAUAGUGGUCCUUUAAAUAAGAAGUUUGGAACAGUAGAGGGCAAUCCAUAGUCUAUCUUACCACCACUACAUUGGUGUUUAUACCCCACUGAGGUGUAAGGAUUGCAGAAUAAUAGGGCAGUUACUGUGAGUUCUUAGUUUAAAGAUGUGACAGAAACUUCGAGCCAGUUUGGGACAGAUCACCCUUGUUUACCCACCUUAUAAACAAGAUGGAUGCCUUCUUGAGUGAACAAACUGGAUGCCUUCUUGAGUGAACAAACUGUUAAUUGCCCUGUAUUGAUGUUAGCGUUCCUGUGUGAUCCUAGGAUUAGGGUAAAGUGGCACUCUGAUACAAUAGCCUGAUAUACUGGACGGGCAGGCUUAUUAACACUGUCUGUGAUUUGCAGCUAUAAAGUGGCAUGGAAGAAAGAUGUGCCCAUUGAACAUAGCAUGGUGUCAUUUUCUACUGCUCCCUACAGCAGCGGUGUCACCCUAACCCAACAAAGCUGAGUGGAGCAGCUGCAGUUUGGGCUGAGGCAAAAGUAAAUUAGCACCCAGCCAAUAACAGACUGUUAAAGCCUCUGAAGUAGUUAGAGCUUACCUGUGUGAACAGCAUUGUCUCCUUUAAGCUAUUAGAAUAAUAAGAAGAGUGAGUAAAGCUGCCCAGCAGCCAUUUUCUCUUACGGGGAACAUUCUGAAUCAAGUUCAAGCUCCCGAAGUUGGCUUACACUGCACUUCACUGUGAUACUUGAGGUGUCAUCAUCUGCUAGCUAAGAUCCAAUUGGCCUAUCACCUCUCCCUUCAAAAUGUAUAAAAGUUUCCUAAAAUCCAGCAAUAAAAAAAUGUGCAAUUAUAGUUCUCCUGCUGCUUAUGCUGUUGCGGUUCCCUCCAAUUUUCAAGUACCUUUCAUAGUGGUAGUUUUGCCCUGCCUGGAUGAGUAUUGCUGGACAUAUUACCUCCUCAGAUGCUAUUAAGAGAAGCUGACAGAGUUUUUUUCCAAACUGAAGUAUGAUCACUGACGCUACAGACUGGAUAUGUGGGAAAGCUUUCUUGCCCAGAUGGAAGGGGUGAGUAAGUGGUCAACUGCUCACUGACGUUUUCUCACAUUUUUGGACUCCCCUUUUAUCAAUUUAAAAUGACUCCUGCUCUUUAUUAAUACAAUUUUACAAAUACAUUUUUGGGAGGGUGUUUGGAUUGAGGACUGUAUCCUGUAGUGGCUUUUACUGCCCAUGGGUUUAACUCCCACCAGUCUCAGGCAGGCCGAAGAAGCAAUGUAUUCUAUGCAUGAUCCCCCAUUAUACAUCUCUUGAUUGCUCUUAUCAGUGUUGAGACAUACAUGUAUCAUUCUGCCAGAGAUUAUGGGGAGUUUUGCUACCAGAUAACAACUGCUAUGUGCAGCUGCUUUCAUUUUAACUCAUCCUUCUCCAGAGCUGCAAAUAGCCUGGUUGUUUAUUUGCCAUAAUCACACUCAUCCAGCGGUCAUAGAUCCUAUUCAGCCAACCCCCCACACACAAUCACAGCCCACUCUGCACACACAUAUCACGCUCAGCCAACCUCCACUCCAAUACACUCAUGUGUAUUGCUUAGGGCAGGGAUAGGCAACCUUCGGCACUCCAGAUGUUGUGGACUACAUCCCCCAUAAUGCUCUUACAACCAUAGUGCGGGCAAAGCAUUAUGGGCGGUGUAGUCCAAAACAUCUGGAGUGCCAAAGGUUGCCUAUGCCUGGCUUAGGGUAUCUAAGAGGGGCAAAGGGGAUGGAACGGGUCCAGUGGUUCCUAGUUAUGCCCCUGAUGGGAAUGGCAUUUCCCAACUCUGCCCUAAGGUUAAAAGAUCUUUAACCCCAACAUAAGCCCUAACUAUGCAUGCAUUAGGACUUAUUAUGUUUUCAUAGCCCUGAAAUGACAUUAUACCCCCUUUGAAUACCUGCAUAUAAUUACAAAUACCUAAAUAUUUAUAUUAUACAGCGGGGGCCAACAUCCAGAGUAGGAUUUGAUAGCUAUAUAACUUAUUUGUUAGUACUUCUAUUUUUUUGAAGAUAGAUAUUAUACUCGAGUCUUGGGAGAUUGAUCAUGGGUAAUUUCCCAAAGGAACAACGAGUAAAAAUAGUGGAAUUUUUAUUUUGAAAACUUCUUGGCGAGUGAAUAAUUUCAAGAAAUUCCCAGAUUAAUUGGCUGCCACGAUUGCCCGUUCUUUCUGUUCCAGGCUACUUUCUGUCAGGGAUAACUGAAGUAGCGGGUGUACAUGGACGAACCGCAUACACGUGAGCAGCUCUAAGAAAAUAAUCUAAAUUAGAGCGCUAGAGCCUCAAACAUUAACUAUUACUAUGAACAAUGCAAUCGGAAGAUCCCAACUUUGUGAGGCGGCAAAUGCUGCUCAUUUAAAAGAGGACAUCUUCCGUACCUAGUCAAACAGAUCUCCAUAUGUUAAGCAUUCAUUGUAUGUAACAUCAGUGAAAUUGGUUCAUUAAUAUAAAAGUUUUUGACUCCUCAAGUCCUACUCUGAAUUUUGGCCCACCCUGUAUAUGACCUAUGUAUAACUUAGUCAAAAGGCCAGGCCCGUGAACAAAGACUCUGGAAUAAUGACUCAUAUCUUUAAUAACCAUUGUUGAUCCCUUGUGUGUUCAUUAGCUAAAAAUGCCUCCUGAAUUAGGCACCACACACGCACAGCCACUAUUUCUCUUAAAUCACGCUCUUUCUUAGGUACAUGUUGGCAAAGGGCCAAGUGCACCCAAUGCUUGCUAUAAUAGACAUGUAAAGCAAUCCUUGCGGUAUCUUAAUUCAUAAUUAUCCUGCACUGGGAAGGUUGAAUGCUGUUCAGACAUCAAACAGAUAUCAAAUUACCAACUGAUUUAAUUCUAGUAUGCUAAUAUAUAAACCAACUGGGAGGCAAUAGCUCUAUAGCUUUGGAACCAAGUUUUGUCCCAUGCCUUAGUAUUCAUAUUGCCAUUAUGACACAUCAAUUAAGUAAUGUUUGCCAUUAUUGUUUCAUUUCAUUGACUCUAUCAGACCCAUUUUAUCCGUCUGUCAGCAUUAUUGUAUUCCAUCUCCCAAUCAGAUUAAAAAGAGAAUACAUCGCCUUAUAGGCUUUGACCUUACUGAAUGAAUGUCCUUCCUGUGAAAUAAUAAUGCUAAUGAAUCAGUAAAAAUCCUUUAUUGUCAUGUAUUAUUGUGUGUUUGCUUUAUCUGUGGUUUCUUUUCUUAUGAAAUGUUAAACCACAAAGGUAACACAGAACAUUUUUCUUCUGCCUUGUACGUGUGCCUCCAAUAAACAUUGCUUUUAUUCACGGCUUCCAUGUUUUGUUUUCUACGUACAAAAACCUUUUUUUUUUUUUUUUUUAAAUACAAAUAAUACAAAAAAAACAAACAAGUUAAACAAAGUUUUCAAAGACGACAUAGAAAAAGGGGCUUGGGUACCAGGUUAGAAUAGACAGAUAUUCUCUCUAUAAAGGCAUCACCUGAAUGUAAUAGAGUUUUAAAGGAAUACUUUGUUGUUAUAAAACCCUGAACGGGGGGAACCAAAGUUCUCUAGGUUUGUAUUCAAUACUUGAAACACAAAAGCAAUUGGCUGGAAAAAAAAAGAAGUUUUUUGUUGUGAAACAAAGCUUUGUAGGACGCAAUCAUUGGUUUUUUUUUUUCCCCCUCUCUACAGAAUGGCUGUAUUCAGAGCAUGGAAUAUGAAAGAAGCUAUAAUUAAACUUAACAUAAUACUAGUUCUAAUAGUAUUUUAAAAGACCUUGAAUAAAGUUGUCGUGAACGUUCUUAAUAGACUUUCAUGCAGGAAGACAAUUGAUUGUAAUGAAAGCUGAGAUAGUGAAAAAGUGAGGCGGUGGGAUGUACUUUAGCUUUUACAACUGCAUUUUGACAGUGGUAUAAAGCAAACAUAAAGGGUUUAAGUAGCACAAACUCUUCUACUGACGAAGAAUUUGAAAACAUUAAGGAUAUACUGUUUUUAGUUGCGUGUUUAAACAUGCCAUUUACCUUCUGUGUCACAUUCAAAUGCAUUUUAAUACAAGCAUUAUCCUGUGACCUUUUUCACUUUCUACGUUUAUAAACUGACUUAAAGUCAUUGGGUACACAACAGGUCCAAAUGAACAUCCUUAGUGCUUAAUGGGUACAGGGAAAAGAGGUUGUCACAGACAAGUUAGAUCUAUGAUCUCUUUUCGGGGGGUCUUCUUGAAGACCACUGUAUGUGACCCUGCUUCUAUGUUAUGUAUAAUUAAACUCAUUGCAGCUGAUGUUAAGACAAACAAAGGAAAAGGUAGAAUAUGGGGGCGGGGGGGAGUACAUAUUUGACUUAAAAGGAUUGCAAACACACACAGACAUACGUGUAACAACGUUGGUUCUUUGUUUUGCAUUUUAUUCAAAGUGCAUUGUUUAACAAUCCGUGUAUAUAACAGGAAUUGUAUUUAGAUUUAUCAUAUGCAUAUACAUGAGGAUAUUUUCAGAAAAAAUUAUAUUAAACAAUACAGUACUUAAGAUAACAUAUUUAAUAAUACGAAUACACGCACAUUUAUAUUUUAUAUAUAUGUUUACACACACAUACACAUGCACAUACACACAAAUAUAAAAUAUAGAGAGGCAUAUAUAUGCCUUUACAAUAGAUAUUAUAACAAAUUUGCAACAUAACAUGUAAACAGUCACAGGUACACUUCAAAAAUAAUAUUGUUGUAAUAAAGGUAAUUUCAUAUAUUUUUGUCUGUUUCUAUCAAGUCACAAACACAAAGCCAAAUGAUACUUUCUAUAGGCCAGGCACUGAGCUAAAUCUGUACAAAAGAGCAUCAUAGCCCAAAGCAAGUUGUCACUCUUGGGUGCUUUAACAUAUUCAAUUGCUUGAACUCUUUAAUGGGAGAAAGCUUAUGUGCAGUUCAUGAGCAUCUAUCAAUAUUAGAUGGUGAGUUCAUUCUGCCAGCAUAUGCACUAUUUAUUAUCGGCAUUGCUGGUGCCCAGAUGAAUGUCUUUUAAAGCUUGUUUUGCUUGCUAUGCUAAUGUAGCCUGUGUUUGCAACAAUCAAAACUCAUUAUCCUUCCCUCCAAGCACAGUUGCAAUCUGGUCAUUUCAAAUUCUUCAUCAUCUCAGCUCCCCCAAUCUCUUCUUUUUUUUUCAGAUUUUAGAGAUUGUUGACUAUUAUGUAACAGAUGGCCUAACAGACCUAAGACUCUUCGCUGUGAUGGCUAGCUUGGCGCAAAAAAUAGCAGCACUAGAGUGA